AUGGACCACGGCGACCUGGCGGCGCUCCUGCCGGAGGACGUGCUCGCCGAGGUGCUCCGUCGCGUGGCGGCGCCGCGCUGGCUUGCUAUGUCGCGCUGCGUCUGCAAGGCGUGGCGAGCCAUCAUCGACGGCGAGAGCCUCCUGCGCACAGAGCUCCCGUUUAGCGGCUUCUUCAUCACCUUCCGAGAGCUCUGUUUGCCUGAGUUCUUCUCCCGCCCCGUGUCGCCGCCUGGCCGGCCAGCGAUCAGCGGCAAGCUCGAUUUCCUACCCACACCCAUUAAAGUUCGUCCUGAUGGGUGGAGCUUGGACGGCGACUACUACAUCCAGGAUCACUGCAAUGGACUCCUAUUGCUCGACGGCUACGUGGUUAACCCCGCCACGCGAAGCUGGGAUCCUCUGGCCCCAUGCCCGCCCAACCAUGGUUCAGGGAUCGUCUAUGAUGCCCUUGACCGAGAGCUUCUCGCCUUUGAUCCCAUGGUUUCAUCUCACUACCACGUGGUGUCGAUCCACUAUUUGCCUACCUACUUCAGGCCUGCUCAAUUCGACCCCUUAGAGGAGGCAUCCGAAUGGCCACCAUCUCCAUAUAUCUUGCAUGUAUUCUCUUCAAAGACACGGCAUUGGGAGGAGAGGUCUUUUGUUCGAGAAGGGAAUGCUGGAGGGACAGUUGCCGAGGCGCGUGCAGAUUUGGGGCGAGUUUCCUCGGUCUACUGGCGAGGAUCACUUUAUGUGCUUUCCCAAUAUAAUUUCAUUACGAGAAUAUCUUUGUCUGAAGAUAAGUACAGUGUGAUUAAGCCACCAAUGGGUAUUGGAUGGAGCAGUUAUAUAGGAUUAUCCGAAAAAGGAGUGUAUUGUGCGUCAUUUCUUAAGAAUGAUCACAUUCUGGUUUGCACCCUCAAUGAAACGUGUAAUCAGUUUGAUUGGAUAUUAAAGCACGAGUAUGACCUUAAGCCUGUGGAAAUGUUUGAUCGCCAAGGUCGCUUCCUUUCUCAUCCGUGUCCGUGCUCGUGUGCUGUUGUAUUCACAAAAUAUAUAUGUGACAUUAGUGUUGUGAACAAGGGGACUAAAAAACAAAAAAACAAAAAGGCAGAAAAAACUAAGGAUAUGAACUGGACAAACAUUAUAGCCACUAGCACAAAUCAUCAGACAGUUUUAGUUCCUUUUAUCAAAAACACAAACUUUACUUCAGGAAUGUUCUCAACUCUACUUCAGGAAUACACAAACUUUACUGAUGCUUGUGUUAUAAAAACAGGACAACAAGAACAGGUGAAACUUUGA